AUGCUGGGAAUCUCCACUCUGAUCAAACGGAUCCCAUCAGCCUCAGCCCCAUGUGCAUCCUUUCCCACAUGCCUGAACGCAGAUAAACCCUCUCACUCGCAAGACGCCAGCGGCAGCUCCCUCGAGACAGCGCCACGGGGUGAAGGAGAAGAAGAAGAAGCAGAAACCCCUGAUAGACCCAGCGCAACGAAGCGACCGCCCCGUCUGGCAAACUCUCCCCGCGCGGAGUCUGGAUUCCGGAGCCUUCCUACUAGUCCCAGCCUCCCUCCCCUGUGCUGGGCGCAGGAAACUGGGGAAGCGGCUCCUUCUCCCUCCCGCCGAAGCGCGGCUGGGCUGGGCUGCUGCUCCCCCGUGAUUUUGUUUUUGCGAGGGGGCGGAGCUCCUUCGAAAUCCCACUCCGCGGACUCCAGGAAAGAAAGAGAGAACGGGAUCGCCCGGGAGAGGGAGGGUCAGUGUAUUUGUGCGUGCGUCUUGCUGUCGCGGGGAGAGCGCGCCCGGAUUCUCUCUCGAAGCCCCGGGGUUGUUUCUCUCGCACACCGCCCACCCUCGCCUCCAGCGCCGAGGCAAAGCGAGGAGGGCGAGCCUGCUGAGCCGACGAGAGCUCCCUGCGAGCAAGAUCGGACUCUCCACGCCCCGCAAGCCGGCGCCCGGGAGCCUCGUCGAGCCCCGACAGCUGCCCUCUCCGGCGUGGCCCCCAUGGAGGAGGACGUUCUGGACAAACUCGAGGACAUGGCGUCGGUGCGGGACUUCGACCCUCUCACCGGCAGCAUCCCCGCCACCAAAGUGGAGGUCACCGUCUCCUGCAGAAAUCUUCUGGAUAAGGAUACUUUCUCCAAAUCUGACCCAUUGUGUGUGCUGUAUACUCAGGGCAUAGAGACCAAGCAGUGGAGAGAGGUAUGUAUCUGCAUUUAUUUUCAUUUUUGACUGGAACAGGUCUGG